UUCGUAAUUCAUAUUUAAUAAAUUUUAAUUGUUUAUUUCAAUAUCGGUUUGAGAUCAGAUGCGCCCUCGAAUUCUGUUUGUCCCCCACUUUUCUCUCUUCUACUUCCAAUUCUCACGUAACUACGUAGACGUCGGUCGAACUCUACAGACGCCCUGUUCUUUAUACAGCUGAUUUUGUUAUUCUUUGAAUUGCGUAUUAUUAAGAGCUAGGUUUUUAACUUGCACAAGGGAAAUUUGUUUUGUUUCUGUUGUUUUAAGGGUCGUUUUCAUAAAGAGCAAUGAAAUUCCAAUACAAGGAAGGACAUUCGUUCGAGAAGAGGAAAGCUGAAGGUGAAAAAAUAAGAAAGAAAUACGCUGACAGAGUUCCUGUGAUCGUCGAAAAAGCGCCUAAGGCCAGAAUCGGUGAUUUGGACAAAAAGAAAUACCUCGUACCCUCCGAUUUGACCGUGGGCCAAUUUUAUUUUCUGAUCAGAAAAAGGGUACAACUCCGACCAGACGAUGCACUUUUCUUUUUUGUGAACAACGUCAUUCCACCAACAAGCGCGACAAUGGGAUCGCUUUACCAAGAACACCAUGAGGAAGAUUUCUUUCUCUAUAUUGCAUACAGUGAUGAAAAUGUCUACGGGUCUUAUUAACCACUUUCAAAAUGAAAAAUAUAUGAAAUAUAAAAGGAACAAGUAUUCAAUUCAA